AUGGACCGGCAAACAGGCCUUGACGACGUGAUACAGACAUUGCAACAGAUCAUAUCCUCGCCAGACCUCGCCAUCUCUCACCAGUUUUCAAGUCGACGCGGAGAGAAUUUCCCAGUCUUGCCACGAGAUGUGCCGAAACCACCGUCCUCCAACAUCGCACAGCCACUCGCGUCCUCAGCUGCGAGCAAUGAGUUAUUCGACCAACAACAUGAACGUCAAGACGCCCUCCUUUCACGGCUGGGCGCGCACCUCACCACGGCGGUCCUGCCUCACCUCAACCUCUCCUCCCUCUCUCCGAACUAUUACGGCUUCGUGACGGGCGGGGCCACACCCGCCGCGCUACUAGGCGACUUCCUGGCCUCGAUCUACGACCAGAAUGUCCAGGUCCACCUGCCCCAGGAGACUCUAGCCACGAGCCUAGAAGUCGUGGCUCUGAACAUGCUCGUCCAGCUCUUCCGGCUGCCGGAGUCAACCUGGGCGGUCGGCGGACCCGACACCGCUGGAGGUGGCACGUUCACCACGGGCGCAACAGCGAGUAACGUCCUCGGACUCGCUCUUGGGCGGGAGCACGUCCUUCGGCACAAGCUCAGGAGUCUUGCUGGGCACGAUGCCGACGCUCAAUCAGCCGCUAGCUAUCGCGACACGUCGACCGGAGAACAAGGCGUAUUCGAUCUCAUGCAGAGGGCCGGCGUGGCCAAAAUCCAAGUCCUCAGCACGCUGCCUCACUCCAGCAUAGCCAAAGCAGCGAGCAUAGUCGGCAUCGGGCGGCGGAACGUCAUCUCCAUCUCCGCAGAGGGCGACCCUCUAGAGAUCGACGUGGCGAGACUGGAGCAAGAAGCCACAAAGCCCAAUGCCCUAAACAUUCUGGCCAUCUCCGCCGGCGAGGUCAACACGGGCCGCUUCGCCACCAGUUCGGCCUCUCAAUGGAGGCAGAUCCGCCGCAUCUGCGACGCGCACGGUAUCUGGGUACACGUGGACGGCGCGUUUGGGCUGUUUGGCCGGCUGCUCUUGCCUGAAGCUGACACUGACAGUCACGCUGGCACAGAGACCCCCGCAGAGGCUUCUGAAUACACCAGCAUCACCCGCGGCGUGCAGGGUCUCGAGCUCGCCGACUCCAUCACAGGCGACUGCCACAAGCUGCUCAACGUGCCCUACGACUGCGGCGUGUUUUUCACCAGGCAUAAGUCCUUGUUGGAACACGUCUUCCAGAACGGCAACGCCGCGUACCUGACCGGCGGGGCCGCCCCCCGUGGUGGCGACAAUGACGACGCCAUCCAAAGCCCCUUGAACAUCGGGAUCGAGAACUCGCGCCGCUUCCGCGCCCUGCCCGUCUACGCCACCCUCGCGGCGUACGGCCGCCAAGGAUACGAGGCCAUGCUAAAGCGGCAGAUCGGCCUCGCGCGACGGGUCACUCGCUGGCUCUUGAGGGAUGAGAAGAAGAGGUUCGAGGUGCUCCCCUCGGCCACAGGGGCAGGUGAAUCGGAAGCCGAGACCGUGGCGAGGACGUUCAUUGUCGUCUUGUUCCGUGUAAGGGGCGACAAUGACGAGGCAACACGCACGUUCGUCAAGCGCGUCAACAUGACCGGGAAGAUAUAUCUCACGGGCACGGUGUGGGAGGGCCGAGCUGCCGCGCGGAUUGCGAUGAGUAAUUGGCAGGUCGAUGUGGAGAGGGAUGGGGCCCUGAUUGAGGAAGUGUUGGAUGAGGUGGCAUCAGCGGUGGGAAAUGUACAGCGAGAAGUAUCAUCAUGA